AUGUCAUCAACUUAUAAUCCAACUGAAGAAACAAUUAAUUCAAUUCUUACCGGAUUACUUCCAGUAUUGAUAGUUGGUCUGUUUAAUGGUUUUGAAGAUACAAUUGAAUGGUAUCAAUAUUAUAGCAGGAAUGAAAAGAAUGAAAGAGGAAACAAUGAAAACAUGGAAGAAAAAAAAAUAGAUGAGAGAGGAAAUGAUGAAACAAGUAUAAAUAUGGAUGAUGAAAAUGAUAACAACAAAAAUGAAAGGAAAGGAAAUUUCAAAAUGAGCAUAAAAAAUUUAUUUAAAACAGUUAUAAAAUAUAUAAAAAUAUUUUAA